UAAACAACAAGCAGAAAGGCUAGGAGUAUAUUCUAGGCGAUUACAUGAGCCAGAUAAGGAACAAGCAUUACUAGCUAAACAGCAAGCAAAAAGGCUAGGAGUAUAUUCUAGGCGAUUACAUGAGCCAGAUGAAAAGCAAGUAUUAUUAGCACAAGAGCAAGCCGAAAAGCUGAAAGUGAGUUCAGGAAGAUUACAUAAACCAAAUAAAAGACAAGAGAUGUUAGCCAAGGAACAGGCACGGACACUGAAAGAGUAUUCAGAAAGCUUACCAAGGCCAGAUCCUCAACAGCAACUUAAGGAAUGUGCUGAAAGACUGUCAUCGUCAUCACCUGAAUUAGCGAAAGAUCCUAAUGCUGCUGGUGGAAAAAGUAAUGCUUUACGAUUACGGCUUGAUAUUAACCUUGAUGCAAGUAUUCGAUUAAAAGCAAGAAUUAAAGGCCCUAUAAAAAUAACUUUUGUAUAAAAAUAUAUCCUUUAAAGUUUGAGUUCUUUUUUUUUUUUUUUUUUUUUUU